AUGCCCGCCCCCAACGCUGCUCCCCGCACUCUUUACGACAAGGUCUUUGACGACCACGUUGUCAAGUCUGGCGAGGGUGACACUCUCAUCUUCAUUGACCGUCACCUCGUCCACGAGGUCACCUCCCCCCAAGCUUUCGAGGGUCUCCGCAAUGCCGGUCGCAAGGUCCGCCGUACCGACUGCACUCUCGCUACUGUCGACCACAACAUUCCCACUGCCUCGCGCAAGAACUUUAAGAACGUCUCGUCGUUCAUCACCGAGGGUGACUCGCGUGCCCAGGUCUGCGCUCUCGAGGACCAUGUCAAGGAGUUUGGCCUGACCUACUUUGGCAUGGCCGACCGUCGCCAGGGCAUUGUCCACAUUAUCGGCCCCGAGCAAGGCUUCACUCUCCCCGGCACCACUGUCGUUUGCGGUGACUCGCACACCUCGACUCACGGUGCUUUCGGUGCCCUCGCUUUCGGUAUCGGUACCUCCGAGGUCGAGCACGUCCUCGCUACCCAGUGUCUGCCCCAGGCUAAGUCGAAGAACAUGCGCAUCAACGUCGAGGGCACUCUCACCGAGGGUGUCGCCUCCAAGGACGUUGUCCUCCACAUUAUUGGUAUCAUCGGUACCGCCGGUGGCACUGGCUGCGUUAUCGAGUUCUCGGGCUCGGCUAUCCGCUCGCUCUCGAUGGAGGCCCGUAUGUCCAUCUGUAACAUGGCCAUUGAGGGUGGUGCCCGCGCUGGUAUGAUCGCCCCCGACGAGGUCACCUUCAAGUACCUCAAGGGCCGCCCCCUGUCUCCCCGCGAGGGCGAGGAGUGGGACGCUGCCGAGGCCUACUGGCGCACGCUCAAGACCGACCCCGGAGCCAAGUACGACAUUGAGGUUGAGAUCAAGGCCGAGGACAUUGUCCCCACCGUUACCUGGGGUACUUCGCCCCAGGACGUUGUUCCCAUCACUGGCACCGUCCCCAACCCUGCCAACAUGCCCGAGAGCCGCCGCCAGGACGCCGAGAAGGCCCUCAAGUACAUGGGCCUCACUGCCGACGUCCCCAUGGAGGAGAUCAAGGUCGACAAGGUCUUCUUUGGAUCGUGCACCAACGGUCGUAUCGAGGACAUGCGCUCGGCUGCCCGCGUCAUUGUCGCCUCGGGCAAGAACGGUGGCCCCACCCAGUGUGCCGAGGGUGUCUACGCUAUGGUCGUCCCCGGUUCGGGUCUGGUCAAGCAGCAGGCCGAGGCUGAGGGCCUCGAUGUCAUCUUCAAGAAGGCCGGCUUUGACUGGCGUGAGGCUGGUUGCUCCAUGUGUCUCGGUAUGAACCCCGACCAGCUCAAGCCCGGAGAGCGCUGCGCCUCGACCUCGAACCGCAACUUCGAGGGUCGCCAGGGUGCCGGUGGCCGUACCCACCUUGUGUCGCCUGCCAUGGCCACCGCUGCCGCCCUUACCGGUCGCCUCACCGAUGUCCGCAAGCUCAUGGGCUCGCACGUUUCGGACGACGGUGGUAUCAAGAUUACCUCGUACGCCGACUACCUCGAGCCCCUCAUCCCCGCCCAGGCCGUUGCCGACGAGAUCGACCCCGCUGCCGCUGCCGAGGCUGAGAAGGCCGAGGCUGCCUCGCUCGCCGACGCUGCCAAGCACGCCUCUGCCGGCAUGCCCAAGUUUACUGUUGUCAAGGGCAUUGCCGCCCCCAUGUGGGAGGCCAACAUUGACACGGACAAGAUCAUCCCCAAGCAGUUCCUCAAGACCCUUCUCCGCACCGGUCUUGGUGACGCCCUCUUCUGGCCCGCCCGUUACGACGUCAACACUGGCGAGAAGAUCCCCGACUUUGUCCUCAACAAGGAGCCCUUCACCAAGUCGAGCCUCCUUGUCUGCACUGGUGACAACUUUGGCUGUGGCUCGUCGCGUGAGCACGCCCCCUGGGCCCUCAACGACUUUGGCAUCCGCUGCGUCAUGGCUCCCUCGUUUGGUGACAUCUUCCGCAACAACUGCUUCAAGAACGGCAUGCUUCCCCUCAUCCUCCCCAAGGAGGACCUCGAGGUCCUUUACAAGGACGCCGAGUCUGGCCAGGAGAUCACCGUCGACCUCGAGAACUCGCAGGUCGUCCGCCCCUCGGGCGAGACCAUCAAGUUUGAGAUUGACGCGUUCCGUCGCCACUGCCUCAUCAACGGUCUCGACGACAUUGGUCUUACUCUCGAGCACGAGAACCUGAUUGUCGAGUUUGAGGCCAAGCGUACUGCCAACUGGCCCUGGCUCGACGGUGUCGGCUACGCCAAGAAGGGCAAGGCCGUCGUUCCCAUUCGUGCUCCCCGCAAGAAGACCGAUUGGUAA